AUGGUACACGAAGGAAAACGAUUGGUUUCCUGCCAUUGUUUCUUCUUGUUAACAGCCAAAUUCUACUGGAUACUCACCCUGAUGCAAAGAACUCAUGGCCAGGAAUAUGCCCACUCCAUCCGACUAGAUGGGGACAUCAUCUUGGGAGGACUGUUCCCCGUCCAUGCAAAAGGGGAUAGAGGGGUGCCUUGUGGGGAGCUCAAGAAGGAGAAAGGGAUCCACAGACUAGAGGCAAUGCUGUAUGCAAUUGAUCAGAUUAAUAAAGACCCUGAUCUUCUUGCCAAUAUCACCUUAGGUGUCCGUAUCCUUGAUACAUGUUCCAGGGACACUUAUGCAUUGGAGCAAUCCUUAACAUUUGUGCAAGCGUUGAUAGAAAAAGAUGGUUCAGAUGUGAAGUGUGCUAAUGGUGACCCACCUAUUUUCACUAAGCCAGACAAGAUAUCAGGUGUGAUAGGUGCUGCAGCAAGUUCUGUGUCCAUUAUGGUCGCAAAUAUUUUAAGACUUUUUAAGAUACCUCAAAUCAGCUAUGCAUCUACAGCUCCAGAACUGAGCGAUAACACCAGGUAUGACUUCUUCUCUCGAGUGGUCCCACCGGACUCCUACCAAGCACAGGCCAUGGUUGACAUUGUCACGGCCCUUGGGUGGAACUACGUAUCGACACUGGCUUCCGAAGGCAACUAUGGAGAGAGCGGCGUGGAGGCGUUCACCCAGAUCUCCAGAGAAAUUGGAGGUGUUUGCAUUGCUCAGUCACUCAAAAUCCCUCGGGAACCAAGACCAGGAGAGUUUGAAAAGAUCAUCAAGCGCUUAUUGGAAACUCCAAAUGCUCGAGCAGUGAUCAUGUUUGCGAAUGAAGAUGAUAUUAGGCGAAUACUGGAAGCAGCCAAAAAAGCUAACCAAUCUGGACAUUUCCUCUGGAUUGGCUCAGACAGUUGGGGGUCAAAAAUUUCACCAGUUCAGCAGCAGGAGGAGAUUGCGGAAGGAGCCGUAACCAUUCUGCCCAAAAGAACAUCAAUAGAUGGAUUUGAUAGAUAUUUUCGGAGCCGAACACUUGCUAACAAUCGAAGAAAUGUAUGGUUUGCAGAAUUUUGGGAGGAGAACUUUGGAUGCAAAUUAGGAUCACAUGGAAAAAGAAACAGCAAUACCAAGAAAUGCACAGGCUUAGAAAGAAUUGCAAGAGAUUCAGCCUAUGAGCAAGAAGGAAAAGUUCAGUUUGUAAUUGAUGCAGUAUAUUCCAUGGCCUAUGCACUACACAACAUGCAUAAAGAUCUCUGUCCCGGAUAUAUUGGUCUAUGCCCAAGGAUGAGCACAAUUGAUGGUAAAGAACUACUUAGCUAUAUCCGGGCAGUAAACUUUAAUGGGAGUGCUGGAACACCUGUUAUCUUCAAUGAAAAUGGAGAUGCUCCUGGACGCUAUGAUAUUUUUCAGUAUCAAAUCACCAACAAGAGUGCAGAAUACAAAGUAAUUGGUCAGUGGACUAACCAACUUCAUCUAAAUGUAGAAGACAUGCAGUGGGCUAAUAGAGAACAUGCUCAUCCAGCAUCUGUCUGCAGCCUGCCCUGUAAAGCUGGGGAAAGAAAGAAAACCGUGAAGGGAGUGCCCUGCUGCUGGCACUGCGAGCGCUGUGAGGGGUACCAUUACCAGGUGGAUGAAUUCAACUGUGAACUGUGCCCGAUCAAUAAGAGACCAAAUGCCAACCGUACAGAUUGCCAGCUUAUCCCUAUAAUCAAACUGGAGUGGCAUUCUCCUUGGGCCAUCGUGCCCGUCUUCAUAGCUAUUCUUGGUAUAAUUGCCACCACCUUUGUGAUUGUGACCUUUGUCCGGUACAAUGACACACCGAUCGUCAGGGCCUCUGGACGGGAGCUCAGUUACGUGCUUUUGACUGGGAUUUUUCUCUGUUAUUCCAUUACUUUUUUAAUGAUUGCGGCUCCUGAUACAGUGGUCUGCUCGUUUCGAAGGAUCUUUUUAGGACUUGGCAUGUGUUUCAGCUAUGCUGCCUUGCUUACCAAAACAAACAGGAUUCACAGAAUAUUUGAGCAAGGUAAAAAGUCUGUCACAGCUCCCAAAUUUAUUAGUCCAGCUUCCCAGCUGGUGAUCACUUUCAGCCUCAUAUCCAUGCAGCUUAUUGGAGUCUUCAUCUGGUUUGCUAUCGAUCCACCACAUAUCAUUGUAGACUAUGGAGAGCAGAGGACACUUGAACCAGAAAAUGCCAGGGGAGUUCUCAAAUGUGACAUUUCAGAUCUUUCUCUCAUUUGUUCCCUUGGAUACAGUAUUCUCUUGAUGGUCACAUGCACUGUUUAUGCUAUUAAAACAAGAGGGGUUCCAGAGACCUUCAACGAAGCAAAACCCAUUGGAUUUACCAUGUACACAACCUGCAUAAUUUGGUUAGCUUUUAUUCCAAUCUUUUUUGGUACGGCCCAAUCAGCAGAGAAGAUGUACAUCCAGACAACAACACUUACUGUCUCCAUGAGUUUAAGUGCUUCUGUGUCUCUGGGCAUGCUCUACAUGCCCAAGGUUUAUAUUAUAAUUUUUCAUCCAGAGCAGAAUGUUCAAAAAAGGAAGCGGAGCUUCAAGGCUGUAGUGACAGCUGCCACAAUGCAGAGCAAACUGACCCAAAAAGGAAAUGACAGACCAAAUGGCGAGGUCAAAACUGAACUGUGUGAGAGUCUUGAAACCAACACCUCCUCUACCAAGACAACUUAUGUCAGUUACAGCAAUCAGGCAAACUGA